AUGCACAUCCCGCAAGAUUUCAUUCCGGACUUUACUUGUAAGACUACAACUGGGGCAUUAUGCAAUAGACAUAGUAUUGUUCAAUAUAAAGACAGCAAGUGCUAUGUUUCGUUAAAUAAUAGACUCAAUCUUUGGGAUCUAAACUCCACAGAGCUACUGAAGUCUUUUGGAACCAGAAGCUAUAGAGUCACAUCAUUCUACGUGAGUGAGCAUUAUUUGUUCAUUGGCUAUGAGGAUGGAUCCAUUGAGAUUAUUAGAAACAAUGACUUCAACAACAAUCAACUUAUUGAAUUGAACGAAAGUACAAUACUGAAGAUUCAUCCAAAGAGGGUCUCAAAAAUCAUUGUCAUGGACGAUAGGAUGAUAUCUGCCAGCACUGGUGGCACUAUCUGCUGCUAUGAUCUUCUUUUAUCCGAGAUGCUUCACUAUUUCAAGGGUAACAGUGCGUCUGUUGAAAACUUAGUGCCUUUGAAUAAUUCGAAGUUUUGUGCUGUUUGCGGUGACAAGUCCAUUAAGAUAUGGAAUGUGGAUUCUGAAGCCAUUGAAGAUGCCAUUGCUUUUGAUGGAUACGUUUUUGAUGCUGUCAUAAAGGGCGAGGAGGCGCUGGUUUUUCUAAAGACUGGAAGCUCGCAUUUUGUAAAUUUAUCGGAUAAAUCUAUGAGGCCCUUUGAAAAAUUUAGAAAUAUCAGGAAUGUACGUUUAAAGAGCAACAUUCUGUGCAUACAAUGUCAGAGGAAAACGUCUAUAUUCGAAUCAAUGAAAGAAAACUCGCUUGGACUUCAUCUUCUGAAAAGAUUUGAGAGUAGUACGGAUUACUCCAACUUUGAUUUGGUUGGGAAAGAUCCUUGCUUUAUCUCCUUGUCAAAUAGAAUUGUGCUUGGAAAUAAUAUUUACACUUUUGGGUUUCAUGAAAAUGAUGUUACCGGUAUUAAAAUUGAAAAAUCCAGAAUAUACAGUUUAUCAAAAGAUAAGAUUGUUGUCUGGGAAAGAAUGGUUGACAAUUUAUUAGCCACAAGCGAAAAUGCCCAAACACUAGGCAAUGAGUUUGGAGAAGAAAAGCUAAGCAAGGAGUCUCUCGUUGUUAAUUCUUGUAUAAACUUGAGUGGUGCAACAUGCUUUGCUUUUUUCUGCAGUCAAAUUGUUGUUGGCACAAACGAAGGUGUUCAAAUUUUUGAUAGCAAAUUUUACGAAAUCAAGUCUGAACUAAAUAUAGGCAAGGUCAUAUCAAUUGACUCCAUCGAGACAGCACUCGCAGUGUGCACUGGAAAUGUCAUUAGAUUCUACGAUUCUGCAUUUAGUGAGUGUAACACAAUUACAGUGCCUGAGACAGUUGUCUAUUCACGGUUCUCGCCUGAAGGAGAUUAUUUCCUAUGCUCGUGUCUGGAUAAUAAAAUAUACCAGUUUAAAUAUCCGUCUCUUGAGCUUAGAGUUGUCCUGUAUGGGCACUCCCUGCCGGUAAGACACUUCAGUAUUUCGGCUGAUCAAAAGCUGCUAGUCAGUUGUGGAGCUGAUAAGCUUGUAAAGAUUUGGGGUCUUGAGUUUGGCGAGUGCAGAAAGACCAUUGUUGGAGAUUCAGCCAAUGUUGAGUUUCUAAAUGACACCCUGUUCAUAUUUUCAGACAAAGAGUUGCAGUAUUUCAACUACUUCGAGCGACUGAAAAAGCUUAAAAUGUUUAAUCCCGGUGCAAUUUGCAUUGGACACGACUAUUUUGUCGUUGGCACUGGCAGUGGACUGGCAGUGUUUGGCAUGAGCAAAUAUGAGCUUGCAAGAGACGAUGAGUCAAGUGAGCUUGUAACAGUUUCCCCAAAAAGCAUUGCCGAUGUAAGAGAUUAUGACAUGUUUCUGUGUCAUUUGGAAAGACUAGAGACCGACUUCUCAGACCCAAGCGUCCAGGAAUUUUACCAAUUUAUUGAAAAGUUAGACUUCAACGAAUUGAAAAAAUACCUGCAUGUUAUUGACCAUGUUUCAAUUAGAAUACUGCUUGAGGUGAUUGCACAAACUAUUGAUUUAAAUCCGCUAACAACUUCAAGAAUGUUUGUCCAGCUUGUAAAGAAUCAUAGGGAUGUUGCACAUACUGAUACUUUUAGAAAGAUCUACUCUAAAAUGCUUGAGAGAGUAAGAAAUACAAGGGAGCUUUACAACACCAGCUUAGCACAGCUUGAUGCUGACUUAAGCAACUAUACAAUUGACUAG